AUGCCUCAACAGGAUUUCAAGGCAUGGAAUUCUGUAAUCAGGGGCUUAUGUAUAGAUACUAGGCAUAAAGAAGCCUUGAUGCUUCUCUUCCGGUGCUUACGGAGUUCUAUAGUUUAUAAACCAGAUCAUCUGGUAUUUGCUGCCAUUCUCAAGUCCUGCACUGCCCUUUUGGCUGGCAACUUAGGCAGAGCUUUACAUAGUUUUGUUGUCAAACUGGGCCAUGGUUCUUGCCAGGUCACUUCCAAAGCACUGCUUAACAUGUAUGCCAAAUAUGGUGCAUUUGAUGACUGUCAAAAGCUUUUUGAUCAGCUGAGUCCUAUGAUCCUUAACAUUAUUCACAAAGAUGUUGUUUCAUGGAAUGCAAUGAUUGCAGGUCUUGCUGAGAACGAGUUUUUGGAAGAUGCAUUCACAUUGUUCAGUUUGAUGGUUAAAGGACCCUUGGAACCAAAUUACUCAACCAUUGCAAGUAUUUUGCCUUUGGCCAAAUGGCCAGAGGCAGAAUACCUUUUUUGGAAAAUGGAUGCAAGGGAUUUGGUUUCUUGGAAUACUAUUAUUGCCGGAUAUGCCUCUAAUGGUUAUGUAGAUUUAGGAUCACAUCAUGAUGCAAAUAUGAUAUUUAAGGCAUGUCUGAGAAAGACAUUACCACCUGGAAUCUUAUGGUCCGAGUAUAUGCUGAGAAUGAUUUUUCCUGAGCAAGCUCUUUGUCUGUUCUCUGAGUUACAAGAUCAAGGGAUGAGAACUGAUGCAGUGACAUUAUGA